AUGGCAGACGCGUCGGUCUGUGCAACACGAGGCCUGCUGCUGCACUACGCCAAUCGGACAGGCUCCCUUGGUCCCACUAUGACUAACCUGGAUACUGUGCUGCAGCACUUCUGGGAGAAGCUGGAGGAUCGCUGCAGCUCGGUGGCAUCGACCCAUCUGCUGACCGAGGGAGCACUGAGACACAGCAGAUUGGAGUUGGGCUGUUGA